GGACAGUUUGCGCUUGAAAAGAAUUGAAAGAGGCUUCCGCGAAGAGGACGUGAAAAAUGCUCGAUAGUAACUCCAAAUAUCGUUAAUCAUGAACAGGUCUUUUUGCCCUUCAGUUCUUACUAAACAAUGUAAUCGUGGAUUGGACUAGCAGAAUGGUCCGUAAGGAGCCCUGUCCCAGCUAUAAAUUCUCAAAAAGGAAGAGAACAUGGUUAAUACUCCUAAUAACUUUGUCUACGAUUGUUUUGAUUAAAAUCAUCCAAUCACCGUCAUCGGAUCAACUCAGAACCACUGACUUCAUGAGACAGUGGUGUCGAAUAAGACAUAUGCGAGUGGACUGGGAACAAAUAUUAAAACCUUGCCGUGGGAACCUAGCCUGGGGUGUUUCAUUGCCGGGCUGGGAAGUGGAACACCGCACGGACCCCGAUGUGAGUUACAUUUCUAUGUGGGACAUUCGACCGUGUGGUGAAUUUAGCAGGUUCAGCAUCAGGACAGUGACGAGCAGUGGCCAGGAAAAGACAAUCGGAGGAGACUCGUGGCGGGUACAGCUCAAGGGCCCUGCCUCGGUUGCUGGGACUGUUUUUGAUCACAUGAAUGGGACCUAUGAAAUCGUGUUCCUUAUUACGGAGCCCGGUAAUUAUCAGGUAGAAGCGGUUUUGGAUCAUUCGCUUUGCAAUGGAUUUAGAGAUCCGCCUUCUGAAUGGUUUAUUGUUGGAAACGCUCAAGGCAAAAACCAACAAGAGGGAGUACUGGGACCCACUAAACGUAAAGCUGAACGGCCUUACAUUCUGAAGCCCCUGAGAUCUGGUAACCCUAUAUGGAUUACCAUACGUCCGAUGCCUCCUGAGAAACAGCCUCUAUAUCAAGUGGUGCAAACCGCAGCUUUCGACCUAACUUGUGGAAUUCACUGCAAAUUUCUUUGGGAUGGAUUUGGCAAUUGGGUCAAUGGUCGACAAGGGUCAGUCACAUGGCGGCCUUUCAUAGGAGGAGACGAUAAAGACAGGCGCAGUUCCUUAGAUCCUAGUCCUCUGCGGAAAGAUAGUGUGCUGUGGAUAUAUGGCGACUCGGUCAGUGAGCAGUUUUUCUGGGGAGUCAGGCCGAGACCGCUGUGCACUAACGUUUUCAAGUGGUGCGGGCACACAUACAACUGGAUAUAUCAGUUGAAAGGAAAUAUUUCUUCUGCUAAAACCGCAGAUGACAAUCUCGAUUUUAAUUUUAUGAGAGUUGUUAGUGAACUUUUAGAUGUCAUAUCCAAACCAUUUUUUGACAAGAACAGUGUUAUCUUAUUUAACGCCGGACUACAUUACUUGGAGAGUACAAACUUCUCCAACUAUCAGAAGACAAUUGAGUCGCUAAUAAGACUCGUCCAAGAAACAAAGAUGGUGAAGAGGUCUGAUGGAAAUCUGCUUUUUCCUGGAGAAAUGAUCUGGAGAACAACAACGGCCUUGAAUAAACAAAAACUGGACGGGAAACACAUUCAAGCUAGGAGAUUUUUAACAUACCAGCAGCGAGUUCUUCUCUUUAACGCUUUCGCCACCUCAGCAAUGUGUAGAGCCAAUGUCCCUGUCCUGGACGUUCAUCCGCUGACCGAUUCUUAUCCAUACGGGACGGGCACACCCUCCAGACCGAGAGACGCUGUGCAUUAUGAACAUUUCGUAUUCGAGUCGGCGGAGAGACUAUUGGAAGAUUAUUUUUACAGAACCUACAAGAGAGAAGGGUGA